AUACACUUUUAGUUUAGUACGUCAUAAUCGAAGUUUAGGAGUGAAAACAAAUUGUGUCAGCAAUAAAUAGGUUUUUUAGUGAAUUAUAUUUAAUUCUUGCAAAUGAUUUCGGGAAAAACGAAAACAGUUAACGAAAUCGAACCAAAACGACCAAGAUUUUUACCUGUCACCACAUUAACAGAUGUCCAGGCUGUUCGCUGUGCCGAAUUCCAUCCGAAUGGAAAAUUAUAUGUUGUCGGUUCAAAUUCGAAAACAUUUCGAAUUUGCAAAUAUCCGCAAUUGUCUGAAUUAAAAAAAUUUCAUGAAGUUCAACAACCUACUGUAUUAUUUAAACGCACAAAACAUCAUAAAGGCUCAAUUUAUUGCACAGCAUGGUCGGCAGAUGGCAUAUUAAUAGCGACAGGUUCAAAUGAUAAGACCGUUAAGCUUAUGCAUUUCAAUAACGAUGAAACACAACUAGAAGGGCGUGAAAUCGACUUAACUAUGCAUGAUGGCACCGUUAGGGAUCUAUGUUUCGUGGAAGAUACCAUAAAUAAAUCGCGAUUGCUUAUAAGUGGUGGAGCUGGCGAUUGUAAAAUUUAUGUUACCGAUUGUGCAACCGCGACACCCUAUCAGACGCUCGGUGGUCACAGUGGACAUAUUCUAUCAUUAUACAAUUGGGGUGGUGUUAUGUUUGUUUCGGGAUCCCAGGAUAAAACAAUUCGGUUUUGGGACUUGCGUUCUAAUGAAUGUGUUAAUACAGUUGCUCCAAUGACACUGCAAGGGUCAACAUUUGGUUCACCUGUCGCUUCAGUAUGUGUUGACCCUUCUGGUCGUUUAUUGGUCUCUGGACAUGAGGAUAGCGCAUGUGUGCUUUUUGACAUACGAGGAAACCGGCCCAUACAAUGUUUCCAGCCACAUACCGCAGAUAUAAGAUCUAUACGUUUUUCACCAUCGGCCUAUUAUUUGCUCACAUGUGGAUACGACAACAAUAUUGUCCUUACCGAUUUGCAGGGCGAUUUAACCCUGCCCCUACCAUCUGUGUUAGUCGCGCAACACAGCGACAAAGCUAUAUCAGCACGUUGGCAUCCGACUGAUUUCUCCUUCCUUUCGACAUCAGCGGAUAAGACGUCAACACUAUGGGCAUUGCCGCCGUUUUGAAAAUUUUGUUUCAACCUAGUGCCUACCCUCCCUCUCAUUAAUAUUUCCCAGUGAUCUUUACCUACAUAAAAUACUCAAUAAUUUUUAACCAUUCUAAUAUCUACGAAUUAUUGUUUUAUAGUAUUUAUAAUUCAAAUAAACCGUGUACUUAAAUAGAUAUACGAUGUAGAUGCAUAUAUAAACAUGUAAUGUUUCGAUUAAUCCAACUAUAAUCUUGCCACGAAAUUAUAUAUGAUUUUGACUAAAACUAA